AUGAACGAAAACAUUGAUUCUGAUCAUGGGUUUCGAUUCCUUUCUUCUGUUACCCAACAUAACGUCCUGGACUUGCCUUCUUCUUCAAGCAAUACUGUGAAUUAUGAUCCAAAACCCCGCAAGAAACGUACAAAAGUAGUAAAGGUCGACGUUGGUCAAUUCCCGACUUGUUCUAGCACCACCGUUUCCAGGCCUAAAUAUGCCAAAAAACCUGACCCUGCUGCACCAAAGAUUACACGUCCUUGCACUGAAUGUGGCAAGAAGUUCUGGUCAUGGAAAGCACUUUUCGGACAUAUGCGAUGUCACCCUGAGCGACAGUGGCGUGGAAUUAACCCCCCUCCUAAUUAUUGCCGCCCUGUUAAAGCCGCAAGUAAUGUGGAGACCUUGAUGACUGAGGACGAUCAUGAAAUUGCAGCCUCCUUAUUGAUGCUGGCAAAUGGUUCCACCGCUAGUGAGAGCGAAUGUGGUACAAGUUAUCGACCCGAGGUUCAAGAAACCGAAGCUUUUUCACAACAUUUGGGUGCAAAUAUCCGUUUCGAAUGCUCGAGUUGCAAGAAAGGUCUCGCGUCACACCAAGCAUUAGGGGGUCAGUGGGCUAGCCACAAGAAUGUCAAGGGUUGUUUCGCGAUAACAAGAAGCGAGGGCUACGAUGUCAAGGAUCAUAGCUUUGAUGAGGAUAAGAUGAUGAUGGUGUUGGGUCACAAAUGCAGCAUUUGUUGGAAGUUGUUGUCUAGUGGUCAAGCCUUAGGUGGGCAUAAAAGGUAUCGUUGGGAGAAAGGGGAUGAUGAGGCAUCAUCACUCAACCUUUUGACAGCAAAGGAAGAUUGUGGAUUGGAUCUGAAUUUACCACCAGCUGCUCUUCAAAAUGAUUCAUAUCCCUCAGGCUUAGCUUUGGAUUUGAGGUUAAGUCUCUGAAGAACUAAAGUUGUAUGUGACUUGUAACCUAGGAUUAGAAUUAUUCUGUAUACUCAUAUAUUUGACACCGAUUUCCUUUUUAUUUAAACACUAAACCCAACUUAGUACUAUGUUUAAAUAA